GUCCCAUAUAUUGUGUUUUGCUCCGUCAGAACCCUCUCCUCCCUCCCUUCGAUUCUACUACCUCUCCUUGAUUGCAGCAGGAAAAUGAAGCAACACAGAAACAUUUGCAAUUCAUUCGUGAAUCGAGCAGCAGGUUUAGGACGCUGCACGAGAGGCGAACCUCUGAGCUCCGACGCCAUUGAGUGGAGAGAAGCUGCGAUGCGCUUUCUGAGCAGAUUGUCGCCUGGCUGUGUGGACGCCCUCUGAAAAUGGUGUACAAUAAUAAUCGCGGCGCAGGCAGGCCGCUUCUGCUCCAUGGCGAUGAGUGACGGAAGGGAAAAUUGGGCUUUUUCUUCUUACACCGGACGCUUCUGAGAUGAGGGAUAAAAAGAGGAGGAAGAAGAAAUUGCGGUUUGAUUUUUAGGUUCGGAUUACAGCACAUCGAGAUGGAUUCUAUUUAGAAGAGCGAUGAUUUGAUGCGGGAGAUACGCCACAUUCAUGGCGAACACAACAGAGUUCGGGGAGAGCAGCGCGUCCUUACACAGCUAUGCAUCCACGGCCUCUGCGGUCAAGCUGGCCUCCCUGGGGCUCAUCAUGGGUGCGAGUCUGCUGGGCAACGCGUCGCUGUCGCUGCUGCUCCUGAAGGACAGUUCGCUACACAAGGCUCCCUACUACUUCUUGCUGGACCUGUGCCUGGCCGACGUGCUGCGCUCGGCCGUCUGCUUCCCCUUUGUGAUGGCGUCUAUCGGAGCCGGUUCCGACUGGCCGUAUGGCGCGCUCAGCUGCAAGAUUGUCGCCUUCUUGUCGGUGCUCUUCUGCUUCCACGUCGCCUUCCUGCUCUUCUGCGUCAGCGUCACCCGAUAUAUGGCGAUCGCCCAUCACCGCUUCUACUCCAAGCGCAUGAACCUGUGCACGUGCGUGGCGGUCAUCUGCAUGGUGUGGACCCUCUCCGUGGCCAUGGCCUUCCCGCCUGUGUUCGACGUGGGCACCUACAAGUUCGUGCCCGAAGAGGAGCAGUGCACGUUCGAACACCGCUACGUCAAGUCCAACGACACGCUGGGCUUCAUGCUGAUGCUCGUGGUCAUCGUGUGCACCACACACGUGGUUUAUGUUAAGAUGCUGUGCUUCGUUUACGACCACCGCAAGAUGAAGCCAGCCCAACUGGUGCCGGCUAUCAGCCAGAACUGGACCUUCCAUGGGCCCGGAGCCACCGGGCAAGCCGCCGCCAAUUGGAUCGCUGGCUUCGGGCGUGGGCCGACGCCGCCCACGCUGGUGGGCAUCCGGCAGGCGUCGCACUCUGGCAAUAGGAGGCUGCUGGUGCUGGACGAGUUUAAGACGGAGAAGCGCAUUGGGAAGAUGUACUUCCUGAUCACGCUGGCCUUCCUCGUUCUGUGGGCGCCUUACAUUAGCGCAUGCUACCUGAGGAUAUUCGUGCGCGGGGCUCCCAUCCCGGAGCUCCACCUGACAGCCGCGGUGUGGAUGAGCUUCGCCCAGGCGGGGGCCAACCCCAUCAUCAGCUUCAUGUUCAAUAAGGAGCUCCGGAUUAGACUCAGAGCCUGCUUUUCCUGCUGCCUGGGAACACAGACACCCAUGGAGCCAUACUGUAUCAUAUGAACCCCCCCAGACCCCGCUUCCCAAAUAUACAGCCAAAGACUGACAUUUAUGCACUGUAAAAACUGCUGACUCAAAAUGAACCGGAUGUGUGUAAGUUUGCUCAAACAGGGACUUUGUUCUGUCUUUUUACUCGCAAGUUAAAAAGAAACAGGUUCAGAUUUCACCACUCUACAUGUUUUAGGGCUUUUUCUCACUUAUAUUUUCUUAAGUUUUGUCCAAAUCAGUUGUUUCUUCACUUGUAACUUUCUCCUUUUGUUCAGUUUCUCUGAGGAUCUCAAAGUGAAAACCACAGUCUGAUAAUUGGUCAGUUGUGUCUGUGGCUGGAGUAUGAGAUGUAAACACAGGAAGCAUAUUCUGUGUGCUGAGUUUAUAGAAAAUACAGUCAAUCAUAUCAGUAGUGUGUUUCUGGAUAUUUCAUGGGAAGUGGCCCAAGGCCCCAAUUUUGGAUUUUUGGAAUUUUUAUGAAUAUAAACAAUAUUCAAGUGUUUGGAAAGGGGAUUUAGUAAAUUUCUUUGGAAACAGCAUGAAAAUAUUGGCAGGGGAUGUAUUAAACCUACCAUGCAUCAAUUCAAACCUGCUCAUUUGUAGGACUAUGUAUUAAUGUUCUGUAAUUUGCAUUAGUGAAACAAUAUUUCUUUGUGAAUAGAGCACCAAAACUGUCUCCAGCCCAGGGCCCACAUCCUUGUAAAUCCAGCCCUGUCUACAAAAUACUUUUGAGAAGACAUCUUGAAAAUUGCAUAGAGUUCUAUAUUUUAC